AUGUUGUGGGGCCGCCGGGAGGAGCCGCCGCCGCGCCAUGGCGGUGACCGUGACGCUGAAGACGCUGCAGCAGCAGACCUUCAAGAUCCGCAUGGAGCCGCACGAGACGGUGCGGGCGCUGAAGGAGAAGAUCGAGGCGGAGAAGGGCAGCGAUGCCUUCCCCGUGGCCGGGCAGAAACUCAUCUACGCCGGGAAGAUCCUGAGCGAUGAUGUCCCUAUCCGCGAAUACCGCAUUGAUGAGAAGAACUUUGUGGUCGUCAUGGUGACCAAGGCCAAGUCGGCGCUGGGCACCGCAGCCCCCGAGGCUGGAGCUGGCGGCACCUCAGAGCCUCCCGCGGCACCAGGGCCCCCCCCGGCUGCUGACGCUGUCCCCCCGCCGCCAGCCGCUCCCAGCGAGGAGACGCUGUCCCACGAUGUCCCUCCGCUUGCCCUCUCGGAGCCCGUGGCAGGACUCUGUUCCCCCCCAGGUAGUGCGGGGCGCUCGGCCGACGCCGCCUCCACCCUCGUGACGGGCUCGGAGUACGAGACGAUGCUGACGGAGAUCAUGUCGAUGGGCUACGAGCGGGAGCGGGUGGUGGCCGCGCUGCGUGCCAGCUACAACAACCCCCACCGUGCCGUUGAGUACCUGCUGACGGGCAUCCCCGGCAGCCCCGAGCCUGAGCGCCCACCUGUGCAGGAGAGCCGCCCCCCGGAGCAACCGGCGCCUGAAGGUCGGGAGAACCCACUGGAGUUCCUGCGGGAGCAGCAGUUCCAGAACAUGCGGCAGGUGAUCCAGCAGAACCCGGCCCUGCUGCCCGCCCUGCUCCAGCAGCUGGGCCAGGAGAACCCCCAGCUGCUCCAGCAAAUCAGCCAGCACCAGGAGCAGUUCAUCCAGAUGCUGAACGAGCCGCUGGGGGAGCUAGGCGACCUCGAGGGGGAGAUGGGCGCCAUCGGGGACGAGUCCCCCCAGAUGAACUACAUCCAGGUGACGCCUCAGGAAAAAGAAGCCAUAGAAAGGUUGAAGGCGCUGGGUUUCCCCGAGAGCCUGGUGAUCCAGGCCUACUUCGCCUGCGAGAAGAAUGAGAACCUGGCGGCCAACUUCCUGCUCAGCCAGAACUUCGACGACGACUGAGGGGCCGGGCAGGCGCCCCCCACCCUCCUCCCACCUCCGUGGGGGGGGGGCACAGGGCCCAGGCUGCCUCCUGGGGGGUCCCGACACGGGAGGGGGGACACAGCUCUGCACAGCUUGCCCCCCCUCCCUGGGGCUGUGGGUGUGGCGCUGCCUUUUGGGGAGGGGUGGGACUGGGACCCCCAUUGGGCCCCAGCCCCGCCACGCCCGAGGGAGCAGCAGCGACUGGUGGGGCCCCUGGACUCCCCCUCCACUGGAGGGGGGUGCUCAGCAAACCGCUUUCUCCUGUCCCCAGCCCCGACCCCCCCUUCCCCCGUUCGGCCCUGGGGGGGUGGGGGAGCAGCGCAGCGGGAAGAACCACAACUCGGGGAAGAGAUUAA